GCCAGUCUAGGGCCUAGGCGCAGACGCACUAAGCCCAAGCAGCCGGUGAUGGCGGCAGCAGCGGCGGUGGCUGCGGCAGGUCCGGGCCCAUGAGGCGACGACGGAGGCGGGACGGCUUUUACCCAACGCCAGACUUCCGAGACAGGGAGGCUGAGGACAUGGCAGGAGUGUUUGACAUAGACCUGGACCAGCCAGAGGAUGCGGGCUCUGAGGAUGAGCUGGAGGAGGGGGGUCAGUUAAAUGAAAGCAUGGACCAUGGAGGAGUUGGACCAUAUGAACUUGGCAUGGAACAUUGUGAGAAAUUUGAAAUUUCGGAAACUAGUGUGAACAGAGGGCCAGAAAAAAUCAGACCAGAAUGUUUUGAGCUACUUCGGGUACUUGGUAAAGGGGGCUAUGGAAAGGUUUUUCAAGUACGAAAAGUUACAGGAGCAAAUACUGGGAAAAUAUUUGCCAUGAAGGUGCUUAAAAAGGCAAUGAUAGUAAGAAAUGCUAAAGAUACAGCUCAUACAAAAGCAGAACGGAAUAUUCUGGAGGAAGUAAAGCAUCCCUUCAUUGUGGAUUUAAUUUAUGCCUUUCAGACCGGUGGAAAACUCUACCUCAUCCUUGAGUAUCUCAGCGGAGGAGAAUUAUUUAUGCAGUUAGAAAGAGAAGGAAUAUUUAUGGAAGACACAGCCUGCUUUUACUUGGCAGAAAUCUCCAUGGCUUUGGGGCAUUUACAUCAAAAGGGGAUCAUCUACAGAGACCUGAAGCCGGAGAAUAUCAUGCUUAAUCACCAAGGUCAUGUGAAACUAACAGACUUUGGACUAUGCAAAGAAUCUAUUCAUGAUGGAACAGUCACACACACAUUUUGUGGAACAAUAGAAUACAUGGCCCCUGAAAUCUUGAUGAGAAGUGGCCACAAUCGUGCUGUGGAUUGGUGGAGUUUGGGAGCAUUAAUGUAUGACAUGCUGACUGGAGCACCCCCAUUCACUGGGGAGAAUAGGAAGAAAACAAUUGACAAAAUCCUCAAAUGUAAACUCAAUUUGCCUCCCUACCUCACACAAGAAGCCAGAGAUCUGCUUAAAAAGCUGCUGAAAAGAAAUGCUGCUUCUCGUCUUGGAGCUGGUCCUGGGGAUGCUGGAGAAGUUCAAGCUCAUCCAUUCUUCAGGCAUAUUAACUGGGAAGAACUGCUGGCUCGGAAGGUGGAGCCCCCCUUUAAACCUCUGUUGCAAUCUGAGGAGGAUGUGAGUCAGUUUGAUUCAAAGUUUACACGUCAGACACCUGUUGACAGCCCAGAUGACUCAACUCUCAGUGAAAGUGCCAACCAAGUCUUUCUGGGUUUUACAUAUGUUGCUCCAUCUGUACUUGAAAGUGUGAAAGAAAAAUUUUCCUUUGAACCAAAAAUCCGAUCACCUCGAAGAUUUAUUGGCAGCCCACGAACACCUGUCAGCCCAGUCAAAUUUUCUCCUGGGGAUUUCUGGGGAAGAGGUGCUUCUGCCAGCACGGCAAAUCCUCAGACGCCUGUGGAAUAUCCAAUGGAAACAAGUGGAGUAGAGCAGAUGGAUGUGACGAUGAGUGGGGAAGCUUCAGCACCACUUCCCAUACGACAGCCGAACUCUGGGCCAUACAAAAAACAAGCUUUUCCCAUGAUCUCCAAACGACCAGAGCACCUACGUAUGAAUCUAUGACAGAGCAAUGAUUUUAAAGAAUUUAAGGCAAAAAAAAAAAGGUGGGGAAGGGAUGUAUGAGCAUCCUGUAAAGUGAAUAAGAAGACUCAAAAUGACAGUCUCGAAGAGUCAGUGUCAUUACAUUGAACACUUUGGACAGAGGAAAAAUAAAUAUGGAUUUUAAAAAAUCAAUCAAUGGUGCAAAAAAAACAAAAACAAAACUUAAGCAUAAUAGUAUUGUGGAACUCUUAGGCACAUCAAUUAAUUGAUUCCUAGCGACAUCUUCUCAACCUUAUCAAGGAUUUUCAUGUUGAUGGCUCAAAACUGACAGUAUUAAGGGUAGGAUGUUGCUUCUGAAUCACUGUUGAGUUCUGAUUGUGUCGAAGAAGGAUUAUCCUUUCAUUAGGCAAAGUAUGAAAUUGCCUGUAAUACUUGCAACUAAGGACAAAUUAGCAUGCAAGCUUGUUCAAACUUUUUCCAGCAACAUGGAAUCAAAGACAAAAGAAACUUAACAGUUGAUGUUUUACGUGCAAACAACCUGAAUCUUUUUUUUAUAUAAAUAUAUAUUUUUCAAAUAGAUUUUUGAUUCAGCUCAUUAUGGAAAACAUCCCAACUUUAAAAUGCAAAAUUAUUGGUUGGUGUGAAGAAAGCCAGACAACUUCUGUUUCCUCUCUUGGUGAAAUAAUAAAAAUGCAAAUGAAUCAUUGUUAA